AAUUUAUGAGAAACAAGGCAUUUGUUUUCCAAACAUGACAAUAUUAAAAAGCAUACCACACAAUACACACUGAACUACACUAUUGAUUUUAAGCAUAACACGACAAAAAAAAAUUAGAUUAGGGUGAUAUGAUUAUGUCGAGUAACAUUUUGUGCCUUAAUCAUAAAAAAAUUAUUAAUUUCCUCAUAUUACUUUCUUCCAUUUUUUCCGAUAUUAAUAGAUAAGAAUUUUUCAAGCGGUAGUAAAUGCAGAGAUAAGCACGAAGCAGAAAACAACAACAAUGGCCGCAUGCAGCUCAGAGUCGGCAAAGCCGAUAACCCUUAUCAUCAUCACGUCAAAGUCGGUUUAACCGACUAGCAAUGGCGGUGCUGGCCAUCAUAAAUACGCGGCUCUGCAGUGUACCAAAAAAAUAGAAAGAAGAAAAACGAGAGCUUCAUAUCUUUGAGACAGUUUUGAGACAGUGUUUUCAAGGCAUGGAGAAUUAUCAGAACCAGUACGGAGCAACCCGCCGUACCACCGGCGAGUACGGCAGCCACACCGACCCAGUGGUGGGCCAGCAGGUAGACGAGUACGGCAACCCGAUAAUUAAUCCCUCGGCUGCACCCGGCUAUGGCGCCGCCGGUACUACUACAGGUGUUGGACUUCAUCAUGGAAAAGAAGGCCAUCAUGGAAUCGCCGGGAAGCUCCAUCGCUCCGGCGGCAGCUCAUCCAGCUCCAGCUCUUCGGAGGACGACGGGUACGGAGGGAGGAGGAAGAAGAAGGGACUGAAGCAGAAGAUUAAGGAGAAGAUCCCAGGGGUGCACAGUGGGGAACAUGAUCAUCCACAGGCUACUUCCACCACCACGCCCGGCGGCUACCAUUCCGCCGACGAGCCUCAUCACAAGAAGGGAGUGAUGGAGAAGAUCAAGGACAAAGUCACUGGCACCCAUCACAACUAUUAACCAUCGAUCGGAGUCUCUCUUUUAUGUGUGUGUAUUAUACUGUCUGUACUCUGAAAAUGAUAAUAAAAAUAAUUCCAUGGCGGGUGGAUGUACUGUGUACAGAGCUCCAUAGUUUAUGUAUUUUGUUUGAGUUCUCUUGUUUGUUUCUAUACCAUAGCAGAUGUGUGAAGAUUACGAAAGUAAUAAAAUGAUGUUAUUUCCUAAAAAAAAUAUAGCUUCAAACAAGAACAAGACCCGUGAGAUGGAAGGCAGGUUAUUUAAAACUUUUAGUCCAGUGAAAUCAAUAAUUUCUCUGUUGACUUUGGAUUCUAAACUCUUAUCAUAUUUACCCAAGAGUAAUUUUUCUAAUCGGAUGACUUGCUAUCUUGGUUUUGGGAAUAUAAUUGAUAGAUUUAUUGUAUAAAUAAAUGUAUAUGAUCAGAAUUUUCAAUUACUCUUUCUUCAUUUUACUCUACUAAAAAUCAAAGAUAAUUUAUAAUUCACCUAAUUUUUUAGGGUUGGUUUUUUUGUUUUAUUUGAAAUCGGAUCGUAUAAUCCGAACCGAGACCGGACCGGGACCGGAUAGUAAACAAUCCAAUCCAAUCUUUGGGCUUAGAUUUGAGAUAAAACCGUUCGGGACCGGAUCGAAAACUGGAUAAUGACAGGAUAAGAGAGCUGAACACCCAAAACUUAAGGGUAAUUUGCAUAAACGGUCACAAAUUUUUGCACUUAGUACAAAACUUAACCAACUCCUCACCCUUUCAGACCUUAGGCCAUUCAAAUUAUGAGUCCUGCUGGGUAUUCUAUUUUUCCCGCCCUGGACGAUGUCCAAUAUGUAAACUCACUAAUUUUAGAAAUCAUUGAUCUUUCUCUUCUCGAAAAUGAAAUAUUUGUUCCUUUGUUAUUCGUCUACCAUCCAUUUGUCCUACUUGUGAUGAGGAAAGUAAGAAUUAUGAAAUUUGCAAACUCCCUAUUUGAUUCGAUGAACUUCUAUAUUAUUUAAUUUCUUCAGCAUAUAUAUGUUAUUCAAAGACUCUUUCAGUCGUUAGAACCAACUUAGCUAUAUAUAGUUCAUGGAGAUUGAUUGGUAUCAUGAAUUGUAACGCCGGGUAGGUUCCCUGCAAAAUUCUAAUUACAGAAUCCCAAAUUUCGUUUUGUCCUCACUUCCAAAUGGGCUUAGGGUACCAUUUGUUGGGCUCUUAUGGGAACUAUAAUAGAUAAGGACCAAAACGACAACUAAUACAUACAUUAUAUGCAUCGAUGAUUCAUUAAGAAGGGUUCCGUGGCGGAAAAUUUUAUGAAUAAUGUUAAAAAUAGAUAAAGCCAAGGGCAAGAAACUAUGCAGAAAAAGUUGGAAAAUGGGUUGGAAAAGCUGCAAGCUAGCCAAUUAGAAAGUUGAUUACUAUGUUAUUAUUCUUAUAAUUUAUACCAAUUCAGCAUACAUGUAAAUAUUCGGUUUUCCAGAUGUAUUCCGGAGAUUGAUUAUAAGGAAGACAUCAUCGUUCACGCGAGGACAAGGAUGCCAAGUUAAACAAGAGAAUUAUGAAAACAGGAAAUUAAAAAGGAAAACCCCAUAUUGUGGUUUGGACAGCAUAGGUCAAAUAAAAGUGAUUAUCAAUGAGCUUAUAAAUUAACAAAUUAAUUACGUGAUAUUUUAUUAGUAAGUCAUUCUUUCUUUCUUUUUUCUUUUAAUUUUAUGUCUGGUCGAGGCUAUCACAAACAUUUGCACAGUUACAUGUCCCCGUCGUCAUCGCCAUGGUUGAAAACAACAACCAGACUUCUAUAUCUUAUAUGUGAAUCAAUAACUAAUACUGGAAAUUGGUUGUUGAAAUUUAGGUAUGAAAUGAUCUUUGAUGAGGAUUGAAUCACGAUCUCAUUUCCACUGUUGUUUUAUCUGACCGCUAUUGCGAUCUUUAAAGACCAAACUAAAACUUAAUUGAAUUGUAGGCGAUGAAAUUCGACCACGAAAAUUCGCAGUUAAAAAAGUGAGUAUUGUAAGUUGUAACGAUUCAAUUCCAAUAGCACCUAAUUAUAUGUUGAGAGAAGGGUGAAGUAUAUCGUCUAUGACGAUUCUCUUACAAAAAUAUAUUUUAUAUAAUGUGAAAGUUUGGUAUUGGAAUUUGGGAUAUAUCGAAUACCAUACCGAAUUUAUCAUUAUUUGGUAUUACCAAAUACCGGUUUAUUUUUUAGAGGUUGGGAUUCAUUUUGGAGUGCUUGGGUCGGUAUAUACCGAAAUACCGAGAAAUACAAAAAAUUAAAAUUAAUAAAAUAUAGCACACAACCUUUGGUCAUAUUCCUCACUCUUUCACAACUUAGAAGCCCUCAUCCAACUCAAUUUUGACUUUCUCGUUUAAUUCACUCUCGUCUCUCACCUAAUCUCUUGUUAUUUUCGUAACACCAAAAAACAAACAAUAGUAUUAGUAGUCUCUCAGCCUCCAAUUUGUCAAAUUAAAGAUUACCAAUGACAAGAAUUUGAGAUGUCACCUCUCCUCCAUUCUCUUUAUCUAUAUCUUAGCUCUAACAAUCUCAAGAUUCAUCGCUUAGUCUCUUUGCCCUAAAUUAAACAAUCAAAUCUAAUUUAUAUAUAAUUAUUAAUGACAAAGAUCAUUAAUUUUGUAUUCGAUUAUACCGAUUGGUAUACCGAAAUAUUUAGGGAUUGGGAUACCGAAAUUAUUUAAGGAUUGAGAUUGGAAUUGAUUAUAGGGUAUAAUUCGGUAUUCGGAAUUUUGAUAUUUGGUAUUGGGAUACCGAUACCGUACCGAUUUUCACCCUAAUUUUAUAGGAUCAUAACAGUAUAUAUAUAUAUAUAUCUUCUUUUCUCUUAAAUUGAACUUUUGGGUUUGGAAUUGGGGCAUGGGGUUUAUCCAUUUGGGGUUAGGGUAUAGUAUCAGCUCCAAAUUUGGUUUAAUUCAUAAUCUAUAUAGAGAUAUCGCACUAUAAAUACAUGGAGCAUAGUAUGCUCCAGGAUCACGAGUCAUAUAUAUGUGAUCAAGUAUUUUCCUUUGAUUUGUUAUACACCCACUCACCAUCAACUAUAAUAGCAUUUUUUUUUUCUCUAAAGAAUAAUAAGAUAAGAUAAAAUAUCGGUUUGACA